ACCCCACCUGGUUGUUUGGUUGGCCAGCGCCCUCGUCGGACGUCAUUUACCCGCGCCACCCGGAAGCCGCGGUUCUUACCAGCCGCUCCUUUUGCCGGCGGCUCUCAGGAGCCCAUCAUGGCGACGCCCCCUAAACGGCGGGCAGUGGAAGCCACGGCGGAGAAAGUGCUGCGCUACGAGGCUUUCAUCUCUGACGUGCUGCAGCGGGACCUGCAAAAGGUGCUGGACCAUCGUGACAAGGUAUAUGAACAGCUGGCCAAAUACCUUCAGCUGAGAAAUGUCAUUGAGCGACUCCAGGAGACUAAUCACUCGGAGUUAUAUAUGCAGGUGGAUUUGGGCUGUAACUUCUUCGUUGACACAGUGGUCCCAGACACUUCACGGAUCUACGUGGCCCUUGGAUAUGGUUUCUUCCUGGAGUUGACACUGGCAGAAGCUCUCAAGUUCAUUGAUCGUAAGAGCAAUCUCCUCACUGAGCUCAGCGACAGCCUCACCAAGGACUCCAUGAAUAUCAAGGCCCAUAUCCACAUGUUGCUAGAGGGGCUUAGAGAACUACAAGGUCUGCAGAAUUUCCCCGAGCCUCGCCACUGACUUCUUCCUACCUCCCUUGACAUUAAAGAGCCUGAAUGUCUUUGA